UUUUUAAAUAUCGUUUUCAGUCUUGAUUUAAAAUGAAAACUAUUCGUAAAUUUGCCAAGCGUUAAGGUAAGUUACAAAAUUAAGAUCGAAGCUCUUAGAAACAUUAUUCUAGUGUGCUUUUAUUUCUGUAGUACAUAAAGAAAUGCCAUCUGUGACUAAAACCCACUUCAGUCCAUUUGCUCGUCAGUCAUAAUGACAAAAAUUAGAAAAAAGUACUGCUAAAUUGGUGUGUAUUUAGAUAAAGGAAUUGAAGUACAUGAAAUAUUAUAUUAUAAAGCAUAUGAUCUAAAUUGUGACAUUAGUCCAUUUAAUCCCACCGGUCACAAUAGUGACCAUAAAAAGAUUUUCAUUGAUAAAGUUCUAAAAACUUUACCGACUGAUGUUUUAGUGCACUUUCUGCAAAUAUGGAAAAAAUUUGGUCAGUUAAAUAUGUGCAGUUUCACAUGGUUAGUGCAAAUUGUCACAUGACCAAAGCAGUUUAUUUCCUGUCUGCACCUUGAGAAGAUGAUGACUGCAUCAACGCUCCAAAACAAAAGGCUAGUAAAGAUAUGACAAAGCUUUUUGGUACACAUCAUCUUUUAAAGUGUCUAGUAUUAAUAUAUGAAUUCACAUACAUUUAGUUUUGUUAAGUGUGGUCAUAGAAUGAGUAAACAUGUUGAUGAUCAGAAUAGUGAUCGGUGGGAUAACAGUGAAUUUAGUUUUAUAAUAUGAAUCCAAUUGCAGUUGUUAGUGAAAAUUACACAAAAAUGUUGCAAUGACAAAAUAUUGCACUAAAUUCAAAUUUCAAAUGUUACAAAUAAGUUACAAUAUUGAUGUUGUAAUACUGUUAGCACUCAUAUAAAAACUUGAUGAUAUAUGUUACAAAAAAAGUAAUAAUUUUGAAAUUCAUUAAUUUUGUCUUUUAUGUCAGUAUUCCUAUCAGUGUUGUAUAAGGGUUUUUUUAUGCAUAAUAGUAACCCUAUAAUGUGAUCAAAGAGUUUAAAAUAGCUGGGCUAAGAUAUAUAACAAUUUCUUUGACUGCAGAAAUAUGUUAAUUCAGUAUACACAUUAUCCCACUGGUCAACCAUAAAACACAAUUUGUCACACAUUUACAAAAUGUCAUUUCAAAGGGUUACUUUGAGACAUCAUUUGGAUAUUUUCAUCUCUGGGAAAAAAUUGGUAUUAAACAAAUCUAAUAUAAUUAAUAUAGGGUUAAUAUGAUUUGUCUGCGACCUCACAGAUUUAAUGUAUUCUACACAGUUCAGAUCAAAGAAUUCUGAGGGUUAUUCAACGUUGAUGAAAUUCUUUUAGAGAAAUAAAUGAGGGAACAAGCUUCUUGUCAUUAGUUUAUCACUGGAAGUUUUGUCUUUUGUUUUUGUUGCCACCUGUUGGAACUCUGAACUCAACGAAUGUGAAAGGCAAACAUCUGAUGUGAUCCUGGAAGCUUUGAGAAGACCUAAAGCUUUGUUCACUCACAGAUGACGAAUAGAUUGACCAUCAGCUACAAUCCCUGUACACAGAUUCAAGAACAGAUGCCCUGAUGAACUUUUACUGCAGGAGACAUGGCAGUGCAAGUGUAAGCGCGGAAGCAUCGUUUGAGACCGGCAUGGCAAACGAGUCUCUAUCCACGACGGAAACCGUAAGAGUUGCCUGCACUCUGGAGAUCAGGAGAGAAUAUGAGCUCGUCCCGGCCGUUACCUGCUCACUCUGCUUCGCUCUGGGCCUCAUUUACUGCUUCUGCGGUUAUCGCUGUUUUAAGACAGUGCUGUUUCUGUCAGGCCUGGCAUUCGGCACCGCCAUCGGACAUCUGCUGUGUGUGCAGGAGCAGCUGCUGGACGGCCGGACGCAGGCCGGCAUCUCUCUGGGCAUGGGUCUGCUGGCGGCGCUCGUGGCGGUUCUGGUGCACAGUGUUGGCCUCUUCCUCACCGGCCUUCAGCUGGGAGCUCUGCUCUCUGUUGCCGCCCUGCUGCUGCUGGGCCAGUAUUACCCCGUACUCAGCCCGCCUUGGGCUCCCAUCAGCGCGGUCGUAGUAACCAGUGUUUUCUUUGCCGCCAUCGCUCUGUGCUGGAGGAAGGCCGUGACGGUAGCUGCUACGGCGGCGGUGGGGGCCGCGGUGGCCACGGCGUGUGUGGAUUACUGGGUGGAGACGCCCAUGCUGGUGCUGCGGGUGUACGAGGGUCUGCAGACGCGACAGGGCUUGUGCUGGUACAGCUGGGCAGUGAUUGCCAUUUGGCCUGUACUCGCAGGACUGGGAAUGCUGGUCCAAUGCAGCAUCACAGCACAUGCUGACGUGUCUGUGACGGGUGAACAGAAGCAGCUGGAUCUGACGAGGAUCAGACAGACGCGUGACCGGAGACGGAUGGAGGGAACGCACCGCCGCAGACCGCCGACCCUCCAGCGCUACACGGGAGACGUGCUGGCCCCGAGUUAUCUGGCGAGUUUGCGAGAGCGGCAGACCAACACGGGCUCGUCACUGUGGAGCUUGACCUCUGUUCAUCACACCGUAAUCGACUUCGAUUCUGAAACGGGAUCACUGGUGCCUCUUACAACUUCAGCGUCAGCUCUUCUCAGACUGUAAAGUAGUCAGAUGUGAUCUUUGAGGAAGGACGUCACUGAUUGUCACUUCAUAGACAUGUUUCAGUCUCCAGUUCACCCUCAAAAGUUUGGGGUCAGUAAGACUUGUAAUAGUCUUUAAAGAAGUCUCUUAUGCUCAUCAAGGCUGCAUUUAUUUGAUUAAAAAUAUAGAAAAAAAAACAGUGAUAUUGCAAAAUGUUUUUACAAUAAAAAAUAAUGUUUUUUAUUUUAACAUACUUUAAAAUAGAAUUUAUUCCUGUGAUGAAAAGCUGAAUUUUUAUCAGCUGUUACUCCAGUCUUAAGUGUCACAUGAUCCUUCAGAAAUCAUUCUAAUAUGCGGAUUUAUUAUUAGAAUGAUCAAUGUUGGAUAAUAUCAACAGUUGUGCUGCCAAAUAUUUUUUGGAACCUGUGAUUUUUUUUUUUUUUUUUUUUUUUUCAGGAUUCUUUCAUGAAUAACAAGUUUAAAAAUCACAGUGUUUAUUCAAAAUAUAAAUAUUUUAUAACAAUGUAAAUUAUUUAUUAUUAACUUUUAAUAAACUUUUAAUUAUUAACUUAAUACAUCCUUGGUGAAUAAAAGUAUUAAUUUCUUAAAAAAAAAAAAAAGAAACAAUAAAAAUGUACUGACCCCAAACUUUUGAACGGUAGUGUAUAUCCUUGGCAUUUUUUUUUUCUUGUUCUUUUUUUUUUUUACACUUUGCAGCUUAUUUUCAUUGUGCAGAAAGAGCACAUAAUGGAACAAAUCAUUAUUCUCCUUUAGCAUGAGGAUUUGGAAAUGUCUUUAUAUGUGAUGUAGAUGCGUUUAUCUCGGCAUCUGUGUAAACUGUCUUAUUUCCUUCAGUUAAUAGAUCUACUAGUCAUUCAUGUUAGUAUAAAGAUACUAUAACUUACAAUAAUGACGUAAGUUUCAGUCCUUUUUAUUAAUACUCAGUUGAGUGAUUAAAAAUAAAUCAAAGGUGUUUAUGAGCCUGUGAGCAUCUAAUACACCAGUUCCUGGAGUCAUGCACAAAUAUAUAUACAUUAUAUAUAUGUACUCAUGUAUACAUCAGAAUAAGAGAAAAAAAUGAUUACUAAUAAACUGCUGACAAUGACUGUAAUAUGUCUAAUAACUUAAAUGGAUAGUUAACCCAAAAAUUAAAAUUCUGUCAUUAAAGGAUUAGUCCACUUCCAGAACAAAAAUUUACAGACAAUGUACUCACCCCGUUGUCAUCCAAAAUGUUCAUGUCUUUCUUUCUUCAGUCGUAAAUAAAUUGUGUUUCUUGAGGAAAACAUUUCAGGUCUACUCUCCAUAUACAGUAGUCAACAUUUAAAGUGGAUCAAAAAAGUUAAUCAAAGUUGUCCUAAGACAGGAACGUGUAUUGUUUUGGUUUUAGGACAACUUUGAUGAAAGGUUUUGUUCAAC